AUGCUACGCGUUGACACAACACUGCGCACACUCGACGAAGACGCGCCGCUCUCACCUACACACCUCGUAUCAGCCGGCGGUGCGAAGAGUAGGCCUAUCACGAUGGAAGAGUCUCCAAGUGCUGGUGGCGAUGGUGCGAGCGUGGGAGUGGGCGGCGGGUGGCGCGGGCCGAAACGGACGUCGUCGAUUCACUCAUUCGCGUCGAGCGCUGCUCCCAACUGCUCCCGGGAGACCGCGAUCAGCGCCGGUGGUCACUCACGCGGCAGCAGCAUCCGGAGCCUGAUGCCUGGCAUCGAAAUGAGUGCCCAUGGACAGCCUGUUGCGCUCGAGCUGGCCGAAUCCGAGUUGACGGACAUCCGUGCCGUCGCCGAGUUCGCGAGAGCCGGUAGUCCGAACUUGACAAGAUUAUUGGGCGAUGAGGCCGCAAGGGCAAGAGGAUCGCUCGUCGUGGCGUGUUGUGACCCACAACGUUGA